AUGGCACAUGUCGCAUCGUAUCACAAGCCAGCACAUCCUUCCGUCAGUGCUCUCCACGUGGCGCCUCUCGUGAUCGCAGUGGACAGACAAAGCGACGUCCGUCCUUCGACGCAACGACUCGGUCGUCGCCUCGAAGCACGACGCACAACGUCUGGCUCGCUUACGUGUACACGCUGUUCUCCUGGUCGGCCCGACGGUUUACUUGAUCAAGUGCCUCUCAACUCCCUCGCUAUCUUCAGGGACACGUCAGAAUGUAGCGCUUCGAUGAUGACCAAGCGAGCGAGCGAGGGAUUCUAUGCAGAUGGAGACUCAAGAAGAGACGCACAGGUGGAUGAAAUUGAAUCCUCCGUCGCCUAUUCGGACGCCGAAGCUUGUUGGCGAUGA